AUGAAGCUGUUCGUCGUAGUAUCGUCCCUGUUGGCCAUUGCCACCGCUGCGCCAUCGACCACGCUGUACGCCACCACCUUCGCCCAACCGGCCCUGUACGCUGCCGGUGGUGCACCGCUGGCCACGUACGUUGCGGCGGGCCCGGCCGAACUGCACAGCCAGUAUCACGCCCAGGAUGAACUCGGCCAGUAUUCGUAUGGAUACAAUGGAGGACUGUCCGCCAAGGCGGAGUCGAAAUCGUUCGAUGGUGUCACCCGCGGCUCGUACAGCUAUCUGGAUGCGGAGAACAAACUCCAGACCGUCGCAUACACCGCCGACGCGCUGAACGGAUUCCGGGUGGCCGCUUCCAACCUGCCGGUCGCACCGAUUGAAACGCGCACCGCACCCGAACCGGUCAAGGACACGCCCGAGGUUGCUGCCGCCAAGGCCGACCAUAUGGCUGCCAUCGAGGCGGCCAAGCUGCGCAACGCCGCUGCCGAGAAGGAUGAUUCCGAGGCCACCAUCAUUGCCGCCGCACCGGCCGCCAUUGCUGCUGCGCCUGCCGCUCUGCCGCUCCCGGUCGCCACGUACGCCGCCGCUGCGCCUGCCUCGUUCUCUUACUCGACCCACUCGAUCGCGCAACCGAUCGCGGCCUAUGCCACCUAUGCCGCCCCAGCACCGGCCGCCAUCGAACUGAAGGCUCCCGCCUCCUUCGCGUACUCGACCUACACCCAGUCUGCGCCACUCGCCUACACCCAGUACGCUGCUGCCCCGUACGCUUCGCUCCCGAUCACCCAGUACGCUUACCCAGCCGCUCCGGCCACCUCGUUCACUUUCGCUCGCUCGCAGCCGGUUGACAUUGCCGCCGAACUGCCCGAGCCGGUGAAGGAUACGCCCGAGGUCGCCAAGGCCAAGGAGGAGCAUCUGCAGGCCGUCGCUGAAGCUAAGGCACGCAGCCUACAGUAA